AUGUUUGCUGAAUGGUGGUCUAUGCAGCCUGACAUGCCGGACGAAGCGAUGACCUUAUCCGCCGAAACCCCCGAGGAACACCUGCCGUACCUCAAUCCUCACUGGGCGGAUAGUGAGACCUAUCUUGAGUUGGCCCGCCGCAAGCCAUCCAUGAUGCCACAGAUUGCACGGGCCUGCAUCGUGAUUGGCAACCCACUUGUCGGGAAAGCCAUCGAUCCCACACCAGACUGGUUUUUGCUUUACGAAGCCGAGCGUGACGAUAGAAAUCCAUUUUUCCGCGAGGACAUCAUGCGGUGGACCCGGGACAUGGCGAUUGAUCUCUCGGAGACGGCAUUAGAGCGGGAUGCGUGGAAAGAUAUGCGUCCGGGGACAAUCCACGCAUGGCGCGGAUAUGUUGCCGCUUCUCCUGAAUCGGUGCGGUGGACUGUCUUCGACCACCAGCCAGAGACAUGGUUCUACAACGAACGUGGAGUCAAUAUGAGUGAGUUUGGAGUUGUUGAUCAGUAUGCCGGAGGAAUGGCGGGGAAUGGAGAACGACGGGAUUCGGCUGUAUAUUACGCGCAAGUUCGAGAUGAGUUGUCGCCCGGGUGCCGCAGAAAGGUCGACUCUCAGAAAAUGACAGGCAAGAUAACUACCUAA